AUGCUGCAAUCGAAGUCUAUCCUCGCGGUCUUUCUGGUCUUGAGCUUUUUCUUUCAUGAAGCUCAAGCAGGUAGAUUGCGUGAUAGAAUGUUUUGGUGGCGCAAACCAUCAGUCAUCGGCUAUGCAAAACUUCCCGCCGCCCAUGCUACGCUCAUCAAUCGAAAAAACAAGGUGCAAUAUAUGGAGGGAACCCAAGUUCCAUUACAAAAAAUAGGAACUGGUUUAUAUCUAGAAAACGACCCUACUAGCUGGCUAGGUGCAGAUGAAGAUUGGUAUUGUGUUUUCAAAGCGGAUAAGCAGAAGUUAAAAGAUAUCGACAAAAUAUGGAUCCCACGAGCUUAUAAAAAAUCGACUCCGGUUGGUCCUCAGAAACAAGAUUUAUGGGGCGUAAGCGAAGACGACAUCGUGGACUACAUCGAAUCAAUGUCAUCGGAAUUAAAAUUGACAUCGGGUUCCAAGAAAGCGCUGCGCUUAUAUCAAAAUUAUCAGCUGCUAAUGCUUAUUCCAAAGCAGACGAUAACUGACGGGGAUUUGGGUUUAUGGGCCCAAUGCUUUGAAACUGAAGAUGAGCUGGAUGAUUUUUCGGAUGAUGUUAUACGUUGGAAAUCUUGGGGGGUUAAAGGAGAUCGUGGAACCGAUGCCUUCGAACCUAACGAAGAGGACUGGUAUUUCGAGCCUUUGGACUUCUUUGCUGAUUACCUUCCAUGGGGGACUAAGAAUAGUCCGAGGAGGGCGUGA